UGUGUCUUGCUAAACAACUUCUUUUUCCCUCUGAGUAGCCUCACCCUCAGAGGUGAGAACGCAGAUAAACCCCUACAAACUCCCCGAGGGAGAAACCCAACGCCGUCAUGGCCAUUGCCUUCGGUACAGCAACGUAUGGAUCAAUUCAUAUCAAACACUGAUGCCCUGGCCUGUUUCUUUUUCUCUUCAUUUGGAUUGUAUCAGUAUAAGUUGUGAAUUUGACUGUUUUUGAGUGAGAAUUCGUAGUGUAUUCAUCUAUCAAACAGUGAGUUCCUGAAGCUUAUCACUCUUGACGCUCUUGAAUAUGGCGAAACCCGGAGCAUUGCCUUUAGCUCUUAUGAUUUCUUCGCGGCCCACAAAAAUGGCGAAGCAAUUUAACGCUCCAAAGCCACUUUCUCUGCCCGUUGGCUGCCAUUUAGUUCUUUGGUGCAAUAAAAAUACCCCAGAAGGAUUUCAAUUUUUGGGAGCUAGAAAUUGUUUGAGAAGUUGUUUGUUGAAUUAUUCACUAUUGGUAGCCAGAAGUUUUUCCAGUUCAAUUUCGAAGAAGGUGGGUGAAAGAAGCGGAAAGCACCUUCCUUGGUUAGCUGCGUCUACGGAAAGGGAACAACGAAGAGUUGGGAAGAAUGAAAUAAGUAAAGGGGUUAGGUCUUCUUGGGAGGAAUCAGCAGAAAAGUUUCUGAAAGGCGGUGCAUCCACGGUGGAAAUUAGAGAAACUCGUAAAUUUGGGAGUAGGAGGGAUGAGUUCAGGAAUAAAGAUAAUAUUCGUAGUGAAGAUGAACAAGAGGAGGAGGAGGAGGUUGAGGUUGUUAAUGAUCCGAGAUGGUACAAGAUAAGAAAUAGGUUCGAAAACUUCGUGGAGGCAAAACCAGGGUCUGAUAGAGCGGAGGUCAGGAGAUGGAAUAAGCAAGAAAGUUGGGGUAGGAAGACAUGGAAAGAAGCAAAGGAAUCUACAGUGCCAAAAAUAGUUGGAGAGGGGAUAUAUGGAGUUGGUCCGGUUUUGGCUGCACUUUCAGCUGGACGAAGAGAAUUCUAUGCACUGUAUGUUCAGGAAGGUUUGGAUCUGACUGUGAAUAAUAAGAAAAAGAAGGACAAGAAAGGUUUCGAGAAAGUUUUAAAGAUGGCGGAAAAGAUUGGAUUGAGCAAAAAAGAGGUAUCCAAGCAUGAUCUGAACAUGGUUGCUGAUAAUAGACCUCACCAGGGGUUGGUUCUGGAUGCUUCGCCUCUGGAAAUGGUUGGUAUAAAGGAGUUGGAACCUGUUUCUUUUGAGGGAGAAAAGGGGCCUCUUUGGUUGGCGUUGGAUGAGGUUACUGAUCCUCAGAAUUUGGGGGCUAUAAUUCGUUCUGCUUACUUCUUUGGAGCUUCUGGAGUAGUGUUGUGUGCUAAGAAUUCAGCUCCGUUGAGUGGAGUUGUGAGCAAAGCCAGUGCAGGCUCUCUUGAACUAAUGGAGCUUAGAUCUUGCAAGAAUAUGAUGCAGUUCCUGGCAUCGUCAGCUGGAAAUGGAUGGCGGGUUCUAGGUGGCUCAGUUUCACCUAGAGCUAUACCUUUGAGUGAGGUUGUGCCCGGUGCUCCCACAAUUCUGGUGCUGGGUAGUGAAGGCACUGGCUUGAGACCAUUGGUGGAGAGAGCCUGCACUGAGUUAAUUAGAAUUCCUGGAAAUUUCCCAGUCAAUUUUAUUAUGACAGGAGAUGAAGACGUUGACACCGUUGAGAAUCCAGGUCAAGAGUUCAGAUCCUUCUUGGCAGUGGAGAGCUUGAACGUAAGUGUUGCAGCCGGUGUUCUGCUCAAUCACUUGAUUGGAAGUAACUAUAGUGACUCUGGUUGUAUAGAAGAAAAUCAAACAGGCGUAAUUGAAUGAAAUACUCUGGUAUAAGCUAAAACUUGUGUUAUGUUAUUCCAUUACACAUAAUUUAUGCUUUUAUUUUGUCUUAUUGCAAUAUAUGAUUUUCCUCUCUCUGUUAAGAGUUUGUGGGACUUUUCAUUCCAAGUCAGAACAGCUGCCUCAAACUCAAACAGGCACAUAUAAAAGUUAAAGAAUAAUGUUUUUCCUUGUUA